AUGGUAUGGCGCAGCGGAGCCGGUGCUGAAGUGCUCUCUCUGAUGGCUCUAUGGGAGUGGAUAGCCCUGAGUCUGCACUGCUGGGUGUUCGCCGUCGCUGCUGUCUCCGACCAGCAUGCCACAAGCCCCUUCGACUGGCUCCUGUAUGACAAGGGACCCUUCCAUCGCUCACAGGAAUACGCCGAUUUUGUGGACCGAAGCCGGCAGGGAUUUAGCACAAGAUACAAGAUAUACAGGGAGUUUGGCCGCUGGAAAGUAAAUAACCUGGCAGUUGAGAGAAGAAAUUUCCUCGGCUCCCCUCUGCCUCUUGCCCCCGAGUUCUUCCGUAACAUCAGACUGUUGGGACGCCGGCCUACCCUUCAGCAAAUCACAGAAAACCUUAUCAAGAAAUAUGGGACCCAUUUCUUGCUCUCUGCUACGCUGGGAGGAGAGGAGUCGCUCACCAUUUUCGUGGACAAGCGGAAGCUGAGCAGAGGAUCUGAAGGAGCUGAUUCCAGCACCAACAGCUCCUCAGUCACCCUGGAGACGCUACAUCAGCUCGCUGCCUCCUACUUCAUUGACAGGGACAGCACCCUGCGGAGACUCCACCACAUCCAGAUUGCAUCCACUGCCAUAAAGGUAACAGAAACACGGACGGGUCCCUUGGGCUGCAGUAACUAUGACAACCUAGAUUCUGUCAGCUCCGUUCUGGUCCAGAGUCCUGAGAAUAAGAUUCAGUUGCAAGGCCUGCAGGCACUGCUCCCAGACUACCUUCAGGAGCGUUUUGUCCAGGCAGCCCUGAGCUACAUCGCCUGCAACUCCGAGGGCGAGUUCAUCUGCAAGGACAAUGACUGCUGGUGCCAGUGUGGCCCCAGAUUCCCAGAAUGCAACUGCCCCUCCAUGGACAUCCAAGCCAUGGAAGACAAUCUGCUUCGGAUCACCGAGACCUGGAAAGCCUACAACAGCGACUUUGAGGAGUCAGAUGAAUUCAAGUUGUUUAUGAAAAGGCUGCCCAUGAACUAUUUCCUUAACACGUCCACCAUCAUGCACUUGUGGACAAUGGAUUCUAAUUUCCAGCGUCGCUAUGAGCAACUGGAGAACAGCAUGAAGCAACUCUUCCUGAAGGCACAGAAGAUUGUGCAUAAGCUCUUCAGCCUCAGCAAGAGGUGUCACAAACAGCCCCUCAUCAGCCUGCCGAGACAAAGAUCCUCCACCUACUGGCUCUCGCGCGUCCAGUCCUUCCUCUACUGCAACGAGAACGGGCUGCUGGGCAGCUUCUCGGAGGAGACGCACUCGUGCACCUGCCCCAGCGACCAGCUGGCCUGCACGGCCGCCCUGCCCUGCGCCGUGGGCGACGCGGCCGCCUGCCUGGCCUGCGCCCCGGACAACCGCACGCGCUGCGGCGCCUGCAACGCGGGCUACAUGCUGAGCCAGGGCGCCUGCAGGCCCGAGGUGGCCGACUCCACCGACCACUACCUGGGCUUCGAGACCGACCUGCAGGACCUGGAGCUCCGCUACCUGCUGCAGCGGGCCGACCGGCGCCUCGAGGUGCAUGCCAUCUUCAUCAGCAACGACAUGCGCCUCAACAGCUGGUUCGACCCGUCGUGGCGCAAGCGCAUGCUGCUCACGCUCAAGAGCAACAAGUACAAGGCCAGCCUGGUGCACAUGGUGCUGGGCCUGUCGCUGCAGAUCUGCCUGACCAAGAACAGCACGCUGGAGCCCGUGCUGGCCGUGUACAUCAACCCGUUCGGGGGCAGCCACUCGGAGAGCUGGUACAUGGCCGUGGGCGAGGACGGCUUCCCGGACUGGGAGCGGACUAGGCUGGACCUGCCCCUGCAGUGCUACAACUGGUCCCUGACGCUGGGCAACAAGUGGAAGACCUUCUUUGAGACGGUGCACAUCUACCUGCGCAGCCGCGUCCGGGCCAGCAGCGGCGCUGGUGGCCCCGGAGGCAACACCACCGACGGCAGCAGCAGCAGCGUCGUGUACUACGAGCCGCUGGAGUUUGUGGACCCGGCGCGCAACCUGGGCUACAUGAAGAUCAACCACAUCCAGGUGUUUGGCUACAGCAUGCACUUCGACCCCGAGGCCAUCCGGGACCUCAUCCUGCAGCUGGAUUACCCCUACACUCAGGGAUCGCAGGACUCGGCGCUGCUGCAGCUGGUGGAACUCCGGGAUCGAGUCAACAAGCUGUCCCCUCCGGGCCCCCGCAGACUCGACCUGUUCGCCUGCCUGCUCCGCCACAGGCUCAAGCUGGCCACCAGCGAGGUGGUCCGCAUCCAGGCGGCCCUGCAGGCCUUCAACGCCAAGCUGCCCAACGCCGUGGACUACGACACCACCAAACUGUGUAGCUAA